AUGCAUCCCUUGGAAGUGGUGUUCACUGGUAUUGCAGUAUCUAUUGCGCUAUGGGGGAUCCUGAAGAAAUACAAUGCGACGUCCUUGCCGACUCCACCUGGUCCGAAGAAACUGCCGCUUCUUGGAAACUUGUUUGAUAUACCUUCCAAUCACGAGUGGCUCACUUACGCUCAGUGGACAAAGGAUUAUGAUUCGGACAUCCUCUACGUCAAAGCUAUAGGAAUGAAUAUCGUUGUACUUAAUUCGUUCAAGGUCGCAAACGAGCUCUUGGAUAAGCGCUCGGCAACCUACUCUAGUCGAUUCAAGUGGACUAUGACUGCCGAAUUAAUGGGAUGGGGUUGGCUCAUGUCGUCUAUGCCAUAUGGUGAAUCCUGGAGAGAACGCCGCCGCUUAUUCCAAUCUUACUUCCACCCGGGAAAGCAAAUGACGCAUCAUUCAAGACAACGCGAAUAUAUCCGUGGGAUGUUGCUCCCGCUGCUUCUAGCUAAUCCUGGAAACUUCGCGGACGCUCUCAAACACGCCAUAGGCGGCAUGGCCCUCUCCCUAGCGUACGGAAUCAAAGUGUUACCCCGUGAAGAUCCAUACAUUCGCAUCGCAGAGGAAGCUUUGGGAGGGAUAGCCCAAGUGACUGUAAGCAGUCGGGUAUUUGUGAAUCUCAUCCCCUUCCUCAAGUACAUCCCGGAAUGGAUGCCUGGCGCGGGUUUUAAAAGGCAAGCGAGGAUUUGGUUUGGUUUGCAAAAGCGGUUCAGGGAGCGGCCGUUUGAUGAUUGCCUGAAGGAAAUGGUGGCAGGCACCGUCCAACCAUGCUUCACAUCCGAGUGCAUUGAGAAUGUCGACGGAAAAGCGGGGGAUCCUGAACACCAGCGAGAGGUUAUACAGGAUACAUCUGCGAUGGUUUUUGCUGCUGGGGCUGACACGACAUUGUCCGCAAUGGAGACUUUCCUCCUUGCAAUGGUCAACUUUCCUGAACUUCAACUCAAGGCACAAGCAGAAGUAGAUCGAGUUGUUGGACGAGGCAGGUUACCUGACUUCUCGGAUGAAGCUGAUCUUCCGUAUCUUGCUGCUGUCCUGAAAGAGGUUUUGAGGUUCCGGCCCUCUGUGCCGCUUGGGGUUCCUCACCUCCUCAGCGAGGAUGAUGUGUAUGAAGGAUAUCACAUACCGAAAGGGUCCAUCGUGGUUGGAAAUGCUUGGGCGAUGCUACAUGACGAAAACGACUAUCCCGAACCAGAGACGUUCAAUCCCGAUCGGUUCCUCGACAAAGAUGGGAAGCUUGACCCUAAUGUUAUGGAUCCAGCUCGCAUCGCGUUUGGCUUCGGCCGAAGGAUUUGCCCGGGAAGUCACAUUGCGUAUUCAACCCUGUGGCUCGUUGCUGCGUCGAUACUGGCGACGUUUAACAUCACCAAGGCCCUCGAUGAAUCUGGCAAAGAGAUCGAACCCGGACUUGAGUACAUCACGGGUCUUAUAAUGCGACCUGCACCGUUUAAGUGCACCAUCAAGCCUCGCUCGAAGGAAACGGCGGACUUGAUUAUAGCUCAUAGAGACCGAUUCGUCGAGGACUGAGGCGAUGCAUUCAUCUAUGAGUAGACACGCACUAUAUCAAAAGCCUUCCCCAUUUCUUCUUCAACCUGUAAUACCACCUCUGAUGUAACUAACCUCUAUGUAUCUUACGAACUCCAAAAUGAUAUGGGUUUUAUAGC